CUAAUUACUAAACUGUCAACUAAUUAAUUACUAUUAUAUGACGUCAUCCUGGGGCUCUAAUUAACAUCAGAAGCAGGUGGAUGGCUUCACUAUUGCGGUAAAUCACCUGAUGAUGAAGAUGCUGAUUAAUCCGGGUGCGCCACUGACACCGGCCACUGGAUGCGUUAGGCCAUCCGGUGAGUGACUGGUGAGUGACCGGUGAUCGUGCGAAGCCGUGCCAGCGUGGGCAAGGUGAGCGGUAGCACGGACGAGACGGUGAACCGCCGGCAUGGAGGCGCGCAUUCUGCGUGUGCGGCAGGUGCUAACCCUGAUGGAGCAGACGCUGGAGUGCCCCAUCUGCCUGGACAUCAUGAAGGAGCCCAUCUCAACCAAGUGCGAUCACCAAUUUUGCCGCUUCUGCAUUCUGGAGCUGUUGGAAAAAAGCAAAGGUCCUGCACUGUGCCCGAUGUGCAAGGAAACAGUCACCCGGAGGAGCUUGCGGGAGAACCCCAUGUUUAAGCAGAUUGUGGCUGGGGUGCAGCGUACGAUGCAGGCGUUUCAGGAGGACACAGGCCUCCAAUUCACUGCAGCGCCUGGGCCACCGGAGGUGUCGGUGUGGGGGUCCUCGGAGCUCAACAGGCGUCCGCGCGGCUCCAGACGCCCGCGUACGCUGGAUCAGUCUCGCGCUGGCGCCAGCAGUCUUUUAGAAACUGUCUCCUCCCGCCCGAAGAGACAGAGGGCUCAGCUGAGCUACGUAGAGUUAGACCUGGACUCGUUGUCGGAUGAUGGUGAGCCUUGGAUCAUUGCUGUUGCUGCAGAGGAUGGGUUGAAGAGUUCAUCGUUCCGGCGAUCUCGAGCGCAGCUUGGUGGGGACACGACGAGUGACAGCGCACGGAAAAGGGGUGAAGCGCCAUCAGCGCCGCCCCCACUCGCUGGCGAGUGGUCACGUGACUCGACGAGCGUCGCUGGCGACGCCAAUCCCAACAUGAAACCCUCGUCCGGUUCUGCCGCACCGUCGGGGAACGCGGCUGCCAUGGCUCGACAAGAUGAUGCAAGCUCACCGGCACUGGCAACUGUGAAUGGCGAAGUCACCGAAGAGGUCAAAGUCGCGGCGCCACCAGCCAAGAAAUCGAAGCGCAUAGGCAUCCGGAAGGUGAAGGAGUGGCUGCAGAAGAUAGGAUGUUGCUGGUGAACCCAAAU